UAUUCCCCCUUCAAAACAUAAUAAAAGAGAGAGGGUAAAAGCAGAGGACACAGCCAGGCUUGCUGCAGGUAGUCCAUUUGUAGCAGGAGCAAACUCAACAUUCAACCACUCACAAGAGUGUUACGUAGCUAAAACAAUGUUUGAAAGCAGCCAGGUGCUAGGCAAACCAAUGCUUGAUCUUUACUCAUUCCAUAGGUCUGAUAUCCCUGCCCUCUCUGGCUACAGAUUUCCCAGCACAAUCCCAGGGGAUGUGGAAGGCAGGCUUUGCCCAGAUGCUCAGUGUCUGGGAGAUGGAGGUCUGCACCGUUGGGAGAGGUUCCAGCUGGCACAGUGCUCGUUUGAGUAGCCCCAUGCUCACGCUCCCUUUGUUCCAUGCUCCCAUUUGCUGAGAUUCAGAGCAAUAUCUUGUGUCCAAGAGGCCCAGGAGAGGGGUGGCUUGUUGCCUUGGUGCUGGCACCAGUCACUUCUCUGUGCUUUUUGCCAUGGUAGGACAAAGCCUGGAGCAGACCGAGAAAUCUGGAGUGACUGCAAUGUCUUUGGGAAUGCCUUUGCUCAAGGCGGAGGCUGGACUCCACUUCAGAGACGUUUGCAGCCUGGUGCACUGCUCUCCUGAGAGCUGCUCGGUCUGUUGGCGCAACAGGAGGAGCGGGACGUGCCCAGAGCCCGGCCCCAACACGUGCCCAUGCCCAGCAGAGCAGGAUCAAGUUGAAGAAAGGCAAGUCCAUACGUGAGAAAAUGAGGGAGGCAGGAGUGCUGGACGAAUACCUGAAGAAAAUUAAGCACGAUCCAGUUAAGAAAUACCACUUCAGCAGGAACUACGUUGUGUACGAGCCGAUGGCCUCCCACCUGGAUUCCUCUUACUUCGGGGAGAUCAGCAUCGGGACCCCCCCUCAGAACUUCCUGGUGCUCUUCGACACCGGCUCCUCCAACCUGUGGGUGCCCUCCACGUUCUGCAACAUGCCAGCAUGCGGAAACCAUGCCAAGUUCAACCCCAGCACAUCCUCCACUUACAUCAACAACGGGCAGGGAGUUACGCUGUCCUACGGCAGUGGGACGCUGACGGUGCUGCUGGGCUACGACACACUGCGGAUCCAGACCAUCACAGUCAAAAACCAGGAGUUUGGGCUAAGCAGGGAGGAGCCCACCCAGCCGUUCUACUACGCCCAAUUUGAUGGGAUCAUGGGGAUGGCUUACCCUGCGCUUGCAGCUGGAGGGACUCCCACCCCACUGCAAGGCAUGCUGGAGCAGAACCAGCUCAAACAGCCCAUCUUCAGCUUCUACUUUUCUCGCAAUCCCACCUACAACUAUGGAGGAGAGCUCGUGCUGGGAGGAGUGGACUCUCGGCUGUUCACUGGGGACGUUGUGUGGGCACCAGUGACCCAGGAGCUUUACUGGCAGGUGGCAAUUGAUGAGUUUGCUAUCGGACAGUCAGUGAUGGGCUGGUGCAGCCAGGGCUGCCAGGCCAUCGUGGACACAGGGACGUUCCUGCUCACUGUGCCCCAGCAGUACCUGAGCAGAUUCCUGCAGGCUGUGGGCGCCCAGGAGACCAGCUAUGGGUACGCAGUUGACUGCAAUGACAUCAACAGCUUGCCUACCAUCACCUUCAUCAUCAGUGGGGCGCGGCUCCCGCUGUCCCCCUCUGCCUACGUCCUCAAAAACAAUGGGUACUGCACCGUUGGGAUCGAAGUCACCUACCUGCCGUCCCAGAACGGGCAGCCGCUCUGGAUUUUGGGUGACGUCUUCCUCAAGGAGUAUUACACCAUCUUCGACAUGGCGUACAACCGCAUCGGCUUCGCCAAGUCGGUGUAGAGGAGUGGAGCAGCAAAACGCAGCCCCCUCCUGCUCUGAGCGAGCCUUGCUGUGGGUUUCCUAUGGGCCUUUAUGUUCCUUUACGUGCUCUCCGUCUCUCCGAGGUUUUUGUGUAAGGCUGUGCUCUCAGUCUCCUGUUGCAAAUAAACUGCAGAGCCUCA